CUCUAUCCCUCUCCCUUUAAAUAGAAAAUUCAUAUCCCAUACGCCAUACGUAGUACUCCGUAUAAUCUUACAAUCCAGCUUGGUUACUGAUCAAAAGGCCGCACCUCAAAUUUAUCUCCAAGCAGAAUCCUCAUGACCGGAAGUCAACCCCUUGACCUCACCGUGCUGGGUCACUUUCCGGUGGCACCACCGCCGGAAGCCGCAGCAAAUCUGACUCUUCCGCUCACGUUUCUCGACCUACUCUGGUUGCACAUGAACCCGGUUCACCGACUCAUCUUCCAUCACCACCCCAUAUCAAAAACCGACUUUAUAGAUACCGUUUUUCCUCUAAUGAAAAGUUCUUUAUCCAAAACCCUUCAACACUAUAGUCCCUUCGCCGGAAAAUUGAUUGUCUCAUCUGACAAUUCCAUCUUGCCGGAAAUCCGUUACAUUGACGGCGACUCUGUGACGUUAGUCUUGGCGGAAUCCACAUUGACCGAGGGCGACUUUGACCAUCUUGUGUCUAAUAGAGCUAAAAGUUGUGCGGAUUCUCAUCCGCUUGUUCCGAGAUUACCCCCAACGUCAAGAAAAUCUGACGGAUCUACACAAGUCCCUCUGUUAGCGUUACAAGUAACACUAUUCCCAAACGUCGGGUUUUGCAUCGGCGUCACUUUUCAUCACGUCGUCGGUGACGGUAAAACCAUCUUCGGUUUCUGGAAGACAUGGGCUUUCUUUUCCGGCGGCGGCGACCAGAAAGUCAAACCUGAUUCUCUACCGUUUUUCGAUAGAACAGAGCUCAAAGAAGGCAGAGGAAGAUUAGAAGCCAUUUUCUGGGAAAAUCAAAAGAAUGUCAAAAUCGAGGAUACCCUUGUUGACCUGCUUCCCACGAUCCAGAACAAGGUCCGUUCCACGUUUACACUGCCACGUGGCGACAUCCAAAGGCUCAAGAGCCACGUCAUGGCACGACGUCCGGAGCUGGCACAUGUAACCUCAUUCACGGUGACGUGUUCGUUCGUGUGGAACUGCGUGAUACGAUCUCGCCACGUGGCGGGCGUGUACGCUAAUGAUGAUGAAGAUGAGCUGUUUGGUUGUAUGGCGGAUUGUAGGGCGCGUUUGGAUCCGCCGUUGCCUGAAAACUACUUCGGGAAUUGCAUCACUGUUUGUUAUGGAUAUGCGAAGGUUAGGGAACAUGUGGGCGAGGAUGGGUUGGCGGCGGCCGCGGCGGUGAUCGGAGAAAGCAUACGUGGCCAGCUGUACAAUAACCACAAAGAUGGAGUCUUGAAAGGAGCUGAAGAUUGGUAUACGCUGCUCUCCACAAUUAAUAUGGACCGUACAUUGAGUGUGGCUGCGUCUCCCAAGUUUGACUAUUAUGGGUUAGAUUUUGGAUGGGGAAAGCCUAAAAAGUCGGAGAUUCCAUCAAUAGAUAUAACAGGGGCCAUAUCUCUCGCUGGAAGCAAGGAUGAGGAAGGUGCACUUGAGAUUGGUUUGGCAUUGCCAGUUACACAGAUGGAUGCUUUUACCAGAUUUUUUGAGGAGGGUUUGAAGGCCUUGUAGGUUGGAUUUGAUCUCGUUGACCUGAAACAAUGCUAUUUAUUUUUUGCCAAUAAAAUCAUGGUGAUUGUCAUAUUUUGAGUAUUUCAGCUUAAGGGGUGUGAAUUUAAUAAGACAUUAUUUGGAGAAAAUGUGUAAUACGGAGUAUGUGAUAGUAAAAGGUUCUAGGGAAAUAGACCUCAAUAGGACUUAAAAAUAGGACUUUGAACUAUUAAACUCCUAAAUAAGACUAAUUUUCAAUGGAGUGACAAAACACCCUUGUUUAUUCCCGCUUUGUGAAACUUCCUGUCACGGAGCAACAACCCCGGUUUUAAACACCACCUCCAUUAACGGCUGCCCUCUUCACCCUCGCAUCUUUGACACUGAUGAUAGGAAGAGUACUACUGACAUCAUCUAUUUCUUUGGUGAGAGUCCUAUUACAUGGGUGUCACAAAAGCAAAGGAUUGUGGCCUUAUCAUCCUGUGAGGCUGAAUAUAUAGCAGCAACCGGGAGUGCUUGUCAAGGUAUUUGGCUCAAAAGAAUGUUAGAGAGUCUGAACAGGAAUAAGCAGGUGAAACCACUACUCAAAGUUGAUAACAAGUCUGCAAUUGCUUUAGCAAAAAAUUCAGUCUACCAUGAAAGGAGUAAGCACAUUGACACCAAGUUUCACUUCAUUCGUGAGUGUGUUGAACACGGGGAUAUUGAGCUUGAGCAUACCAAGACACAAGGGCAGUUAGCAGACAUUCUAACUAAACCCCUUGGAAGGCAGAAAUACAUUGAGCUGCGAGACAAGAUUGGAAUGAAGAGUGUUGGAGAAGUAAAACAAGCUUAAGGGGGAGAAUGUGGACUCUUAAACUUGUUUUACUUAGUCAAAUUUAAUUUGUUAAUUAUUUCCAUGUAUUUAGGAUUGCAUUUAGGAGCUACAUGGUAAUUAUGUACGUGUGCAUGUGGUUAUUAAACCACACCCUCACGCAUGCAAGAAAGUAGGAGCAUGAUGUGAGGUUGGUUAUGCACUACUAGAUUUUUGCUCAUUUGCUGCUCCUCAUUUGCUGCGGUCAUAGAUGAAACCGCAGCAAUAACUCAAAAAAUGAAUGUAAUUGCCGCGGUUAGUACCGAACCGCAGCUAAUAGUGUACAUUUUUCGGAUUAUUCGCUGCGGGCAUGAAUGAUCCGCAGCAAAAGGUAAUUACUUUUAGGGUUAGUGAUAUCCUAUCCUGUCGUCUCACUCCUGCUCACACCGCCUCAGUCCCUGGAUCCCCCUCGCUCCUCCAUCCAGCCAUUCAACACAGCCGCCUUCGCCCAGCACAGCCGCCUCACUCCUCUGCCAGCAAAGCCGCCUCACUCCUCUGCCAGCAAAGCCGCCUCACUCCUCCGCAAAAAACCCUAACUAGUUGAUCAUAUCUGCUGCAGCGAACGAGGAUUGACUGCGCCUGGCAGAUUGAGGUGGACGGUGGCUUCUCCUUUUGUGGCUAGUUUAGCCGAUCUUGACGAGUCGGCUACUGGAGCAAUACUAUAGACUACUGGAGCAUUAUUAAUUUCAGGCACUGACGAGUCGAGUGCUACCAAUUUCAGUACCAAAUCCGCUUAGUCAUCUCUGUCAUCUAUACGCUCUCAACCCAUGGGUGGAGGAAGAGACCACGGACACCACCAUGGUGAAGCGGGCCAUGCGGCCGGUGACUUUCGGGCCAGUAUUACAGUAUGUUUUAAACUCAACGAUUCAACUGCUUAAAAUUGUUUAUCAUGGGAUUCACUUUUGAGCAGCUGUAACUUGUUGCGCAGUUCAAUUGUGAUAUCACUUGAAUCAAUUGCCAUAAUGAUGACUAGAAUAAUAAAGUUGAUAGUUUUAGUUAAUUUCAGAUUCUGGCAUAAUCAUCCACUUCAAGAUCCUGACAAUGCAAGUUCUAUAAUUGUAGGAUAUACACAAUAAAUUGAAAAGUGAAAUUCAAGUGGAAGAGUCUCAAAAUGCUGAAUCUGUUUCACUAAGUUCCGUUAAGAGAAAUGCUUUAGUAACUUAAUAAUUACCUAUUAGGCUAUACCUUGAUAUAUAAAUUUUUAAGUUUAUAACUAAACAUGUUGCAAAAAAAAGUUUAUAACUAAACCAACUAAAGUUUGGGGUCUUGCCCUCUCAGUCAGUUUUAUUGAUUCUAUUGUGU